AUCAAAUUUAAUCUGUGGUCGUAGUAUCUUUCUACUCUAACUAAUCUUGGCUUUUGUCUGAAUGCGGUAUUUAAUUUAUUGGUUAUUAGUUAAUUAACGUUAAAAAAAAUGAGUGAAUAUUAUAAUAUUGUGCCUUGGUAUAACACAGAAGAAUGGCAAAGUGUUUAUCACAACAUUUUUAUAACAUCAAAUAAAGAGCACGCUCUUAAUAUAUUACAAAUAUGGAAAGCAAGAUGUCCUUUACUCCCAUCUGGUGUGGAAUCAACAUUUAUUUUGAUACAAGUACAAGUUCAGGAUGAAAAAAACGCCGUCGAUGUAGGAUGUGAUCAAUUUCUUCGUCUUGCAUACUCUGCAGCGAUAAUGCGUUUUGUGAACCACAUGCUUGACGCAGAAACUUCUAAGGGCACUAGCUUAUAUCAUGCAGCAAAAAGUCUAGGUGUUCCUGAUUGGAUUAUAGACCUGAGGCAUGACACUGCACAUAGCAACAAUUUACCAUCUUUAGAGUUACUUCGAGAGGCCUCAGUAAUAGGUCUACAUUGGCUUCGGACUAAUUAUUGGGAUAAAUACAAACAGUGCAUUGGAGAUUACAUUGCUGGACAGAAAGAUACAUCAAAUUCUGACGAGAAUCAGAUAGCAGCAUUAAUGCAUUUAUGUUUAUCUUUAAGUAUAUGUUCUCAUCACAAUUGUAAUAUCAAUACAUUGUCUCAAAUACCAAUUGAUAUGAGAGAAUCCAUUGUAUGUGAUGCAGCUGAUUUAUUUGGUGAUCUAAUUGAUUUGUCUAAAUUGAAAACUGUGUCAGUUAUGUCAUUGGUUAAUAUAAUGAAUGCACAUUCUAAGAAGUUACUAAAAGGCAAAGAUUCUGCAGUAUAUGUAAAUAAAGUUCUACUCGGUGAAGACUCAAUAUUUCUGUCGUUAGAUCUUCUCCAAUAUUUAGGUGGUAAUGAUUUUAAACACAAAAACAAACUAAGUGCAAGUUAUGUUCAGUGUUUUGAAUUAUUGCUCACAUUUCUUCAUACAAAUGAAUUAAUAUUAGAUUUUUUAGUUGAACUUAUACAUAUAACUCAGUCUGACUGUAAUGAAAAAAAAUGCUACCUUGCUGCAUUUUGGGUGUCAGAAAUAUUGAAAGCAUUGAAAAAAUCUAAAGAAUUUAUUUCUAGAAUUAAAAAAAAUGCUACAGAUAUAAGCUCUAAGAAAAGAAAAGAGUUGAAGUCACUCUAUUAUCAUUGGUUUCCUAAUGAACACAAAAACAACCUUUUGUUUAAUUUACGAAAAUCUCCACCAUUGCCAUUGCUCAACAUAAAUUUUGUGAAGCCAAUUAUAACAGCAUACAAUCCAUAUUUGACAUAUUUCAUAACAGAUUUAUUAAACUUAAUUGAACCACCUCUACAAAAACCAAUUACAGAAAAAAUAUGUAAAAUAGCUAAUUUGAUAUCUUCUCCAGCCAGUAGAUUUAAAUCGAUGACAAUUCCAUCAAAAAUUUAUACUGUAGAUGAUAUAAAGAACCAGGAAAAUACAAGUAACUCUUACGAAACUUCAUAUAUUGAUUUGGAUCAAUCAUCAGAUGUGGAAGUUAUUAAUCAAGAGAAACAAGAACUAUCUAUAGGGGGUAUUUGGAAAUUGUCUUCAAAAGAAUUUGAUUGGUCGACUUGUCCUGUUGGGAAUAUUAUAUAGAACAAAUUGAAUUUUUAAUAUCACAUGUGAAUAUUUUAAUAAAAGGCUAUAGAUAUAUCCACA